UUCCUGCGGAGUUAAAGGCACUCAAGUCCCUCCCCGUCCCAGGCGCGUCAGACCCUGGAGAUGACCCCGGACGCCAACGUGGGGGCUGACGGAGGGCCCCAAUCCUCCGGUGGCCCUCCCCCGGGCGGCGGUGCCCCCUGGCACCUUCGAAACGUCCUCAGCGACUCAGUGGAGAGCUCGGACGAUGAAUUCUUUGAUGCCAGAGAGGACAUGGCCGAAGGGAAGAAUUCCAUCCUCAUCGGGAUGAGCCAGUGGAGUUCUAACGACCUGGCGGAGCAGAUGGGGACCUUGGGGAGACUGGAGGGGCACCAGGGAGAUGGGAGCGCCCCGUGUACGUCCAGCGCCCUCCAGGAGAAGCAGCGAGAACUGUAUCGGGUUUCCUUGAGAAGACAGAGGUUCCCCGCCCAGGGCAGCAUCGAGAUCCACGAAGACAAUGAGGAAGGCUGCCCGCGGCGCUCCUGCAAGACGCACGUGCUCCUGCUGGUGCUCCACGGGGGCAACGUCCUGGACACGGGUGCGGGGGACCCGGCCUGCAAGGCGGCCGACAUCCACACCUUCGGCUCCGUGCUGGAGAAGGUCACGCGCGCCCACUUCCCGGCGGCCCUGGGCCACAUCCUCAUCAAGUUCGUGCCCUGUCCUGCCGUCUGCUCCGAGGCCUUCUCGCUCGUCUCUAACCUGAACCCCUACAGCCACGAUGAGGGCUGCCUCGGCAACAGCCAGGACCACGUCCCCCUGGCCGCCCUGCCCCUGCUGGCCAUCUCCUCUCCGCGGUACCAGGACGCGGUGGCCACCGUCAUCGAGCGGGCCAACCAGGUCUACACAGAGUUCCUCAAGUCCCCUGACGGAAUCGGCUUCAGUGGGCAGGUGUGUCUCAUCGGGGACUGUGUGGGGGGCCUCCUGGCCUUCGAUGCCAUCUGCUACAGCGCGGGGCCCUCGGGUGACAGUCCGGGCGGCAGCAGCCGGAAGGGCAGCAUCAGCAGCACCCAGGACGCCCCCGUCGUGGCGGACGAGGCGUGCGGUCUGGCCGGCAGCAAGCGUCUCAGCAAGAGCAGCAUUGACGUCUCCGGCGUGCCGGACGAGGACGCCUCAGAGCCCCAGAGGCCGUUGCCUCGGAAACAGAGCGACUCCUCCACCUACGACUGUGAGGCCAUCGGCCAGCAUCAUGCCUUCCUGUCCAGCAUCCACUCGAACGUGCUGAAGGACGAGGCCGAGCCCCCCGCGGCCGGGGGGCUCCCGCCGCCCGAGGUCAGCCUGGGUCGCUUGGACUUCGACGUGUCCGACUUCUUCCUCUUUGGCUCGCCCCUGGGCCUGGUCCUGGCCAUGCGGAGGACAGUGCUGCCGGGACUGGACGGCUUCCAGAUGCGUCCCGCCUGCAGCCAGGUCUAUAGUUUCUUCCACUGCGCGGACCCCUCUGCUUCGCGGCUGGAGCCCCUGCUGGAGCCCAAGUUCCACCUGGUGCCGCCCGUCAGCGUGCCCCGCUACCAGAGGUUCCCGCUGGGCGACGGGCAGUCCCUCCUGCUGGCUGACACUCUGCACGCCCACAGCGGCCUCUUCCUGGAGGGCGGCUCACGGGACAGCCCACCGCCCCCGGACGCCCCCGCCCCGUCCCUUCAGGCCCCGGGGGCCCAGUGCCCUGCACGGAGGAUGAGCCGGGACAGCUCACACAGCGACAGCUCAGACUCCUCAGACAGCCUGGCCCCCGCGGGCGUCUCCCACAUCACGGCCAAGUGGUGGGGCGCCAAGCGUAUCGACUACGCCCUGUACUGCCCCGACGUCCUCACGGCCUUCCCCACCGUGGCCCUGCCCCACCUCUUCCACGCCAGCUACUGGGAGUCCACGGACGUGGUAGCCUUCAUCCUGAGACAGGUGAUGCGCUACGAGAACGUGACCGUCAAGGAGAACGCGGGCCUGGAUCCUGCGGCCCUGAGCCCCGCCAACCCCCGUGAGAAGUGGCUUCGCAAGAGGACCCAGGUCAAGCUGCGGAACGUCACCGCGAACCACCGGGCCAACGACGUGAUCGCCGCGGAAGACGGCCCGCAGGUCCUGGUGGGGCGCUUCAUGUACGGGCCCCUGGACAUGGUGGCUCUGACCGGAGAGAAGGUGGACAUCCUGGUGAUGGCGGAGCCGUCCUCGGGCCGCUGGGUGCACCUGGACACGGAGAUCACCAACAGCAGCGGCCGCGUCACCUACAGCGUCCCGCGGCCCCGGCGCCUGGGGGUGGGCGUCUACCCCGUGAAGAUGGUCGUCAGGGGCGACCAGACCUUUGCGAUGAGCUACCUCACGGUGCUGCCCCGGGGCAUGGAGUGCGUGGUGUUCAGCAUCGACGGGUCCUUCGCGGCCAGCGUGUCUAUCAUGGGAAGUGACCCCAAGGUCCGGCCGGGGGCCGUGGACGUCGUCCGGCACUGGCAGGAUCUGGGCUACCUGAUCCUGUACAUCACGGGGCGGCCGGACAUGCAGAAGCAGCGGGUGGUGUCCUGGCUAUGCCAGCACAACUUUCCACAGGGCAUGAUCUUCUUCUCCGACGGGCUGGUGCACGACCCCCUGCGGCAGAAGGCCAUCUUCCUCCGCAACCUCGUGCAGGAGUGUUUCAUCAGAAUCAGCGCGGCCUACGGCUCCACAAAGGACAUCUCCGUGUACAGCGUGCUGGGUCUGCUGCCCUCCCAGAUCUUCAUCGUGGGCCGGCCCACCAAGAAGUACCAGGCCCAGUGCCAGUUCCUGAGCGAGGGCUACGCGGCCCACCUGGCGACGCUGGAGGCCGGCCACCGCUCGCGCCCGAAGAAGAGCGGCUCACGGAUGGUGCUACGCAAGGGCAGCUUCGGCCUGCACGCACAGCCCGAGUUCCUGCGGAAGCGCAACCACCUGCGCAGGACCAUGUCUGUGCAGCAGCCCCACCCGCCCGCCAACCCCAAGCCCGAGCGGGCCCAGAGCCAGCCCGAGUCCGACAAGGACCAGGAGCGGCCCCUGCCCGCGCUCAGCUGGGCGCGCGGGCCCCCCAAGUUCGAGUCGGUGCCCUGAGAGCCGGGCUGUGCGCAGAGGGCCGGGGCCGGGCGGGCGUGGGGGGUGCUGCUCCCCGAGACGGGCCGUUUCCUGCUUUUCCCCGCCCCCGUGUGUGUCCAGCGGUGUCCGAGCGGAGC